UUAAAAAAAGAUUGACACGUUUGAAGUUGAUUUUUGAGUUUCUUUUCUCUGGCCGAGAUUUUCUCGAAUGGCUUUCUAAAUUAGUAAAUUGUAAAUAGUUAUUUAUUACCUAGUUAAUCCAGCAAUGGCUAGUCCCAGAACAAGACGACUACUGCAGGAAUUAAAGCCCAACAAUGAAAACGAUAAAUGUUUCGAAUGUGGCACUCUAAACCCACAAUGGGUGUCCGUUACAUAUGGAAUAUGGAUUUGCCUGGAAUGCUCUGGAAAGCAUCGAGGAUUAGGUGUACAUUUGUCGUUUGUACGUUCGGUUACGAUGGAUAAAUGGAAAGAUAUAGAAUUGGAGAAAAUGAAAGCAGGAGGAAAUCGGAAUGCCAGAGUAUUUUUCGAAGCUCAACCCGAUUGGGAUGAUAACAUGAACAUUCAGCAGAGAUACAACACAAAAGCAGCAGCAUUAUACAGAGAUAAGAUUUCAACUUUAGCUCAAGGAAAACAAUGGGAUGAGAGGAAAUCCCCAGCUCAAAAUUACACGAGUAGUAUAAUCGGCAUGAAUUCAACUCAUUCCGGAUCGAAAGAAACCUACUCGUCUUCCUCUUAUCAAUCAUCAUCGUCUUACAACGCCGAUUUGACGGGUUUUGUGGAGACUCAAGAAUGCAAGGAUCAAACGCAAGCGUAUUUUUCUAGGAAACAAACGGAGAACGCCAAUAGACCAGAUAAUCUCCCUCCUAGCCAAGGAGGCAAAUACAGCGGAUUCGGUUACACCGCGAAUCCCCCUCCGCGUAGCCAAUCUCAAGAAUUUGUAGACACCGCAAUUUCAUCAUUAGCUAGUGGCUGGUCGUUUCUUUCAUCAUCUGCGACGAAAUUGGCGAGCAAAGCGUCAGAGAACGCCGUCAAAUACGGGGGAUUAGCUAGUCAGAAGGUAGUUGAAGUUAGUUCGCAUGUAGGGGAAAAGGUUAAAGAAGGGACUUUGUUGGACGAUUUGGGUUGUCAAGUUACUAGUUUAACGAAUAAGAUGGGAGAAUUGGGCAGGAAAGGUUGGAAGGAAAUCAGCAAUCUAAACAACGACGGUAACAGCGGUGGUUACGGUGAAAUGGCCGGCGAAAACUACUCGCCCAGCGAAAAAUCCUCCCUAUACAGCCAAGGAAACGGUUACGUUAGAGAAGAAGAUUGGAGCUACGCCAGUCAACACGGUUCUAAAGCCUCGAGCCCGAAGUCGCCGAACGAGAGCUGGGAGGGCGGCUGGAGCGGCUACCAGAACGAAGACAACGGCAGUUAUCAGUCGGGUUUGAAGAAUUAUUCGUCGAAUAGCGCCGCGUCUCCGACGGAAAAGGCCGGCAGGACCACCGGCAAGGCGGAAUCGAAGGCGAAAGAAGGGAAAAAUACUUGGAACGAUAACAAGUGGGGCGAUGAUGAACUGUGGGAGAGUUUGAACAAGUAAAUUCAAUAGGCAAUUUCGAUAUUAUAUCAGUGUGGUUACGAUUAAUUGAUAUAAUUACACACGUUUAAUUACUACCUUUAGCUUGAAGAAAAAAAUUUUUAAUAAUAGUGAAAAAUUGAGAACAAGUGAUUUGUUGUAAUUAUUAAAAAAAAUAUGUAAAUGUUCAUUAAAAUAAGGACAGGUAAACUUACUAU